AUGCUCCUGUGGAAUAUUUCGGUCAAACUUUUUUCUGUGAAACAGCACGACCGACGCUCGCGACGGAGGAUGCAAUACGGUCUGAUAGCAGGAUCAGGGAUUGCCACACACGAUUCCCAGGAUAUCCUGACGCGUCGCUGCGCUACGUCGACGAUGGGAACGUCUAUCAUGCCAAUGACCGCAAGCAUCGAAACGAACCUCCAGAACCAGAUGCGGGUCAAUCUCGAGCGCUUCAUGAGGCGCAUCCCGCUGGCGUUGCUCCCGUUAUACGCUCACUCUACUGGCCCGGAAUAUUCGGGGCCGAUGGAGUGGAUUCUUCGCUUCAGUGAGUACAUGAGCGUCCAUGUGACUUGA